UCCACCAGUGACACCGGUAGUUAUCAUUGCCAUCAAAUAUUGUGUAGGUACCUCGACAAUAACGGCACCGAGGACGCAGCAAAAGACGACGAAUACUUCGAGCGAUGAAUGCCGGCAGCUUCUGGGGAACGUUCGAUUUAUUGCUGGGUCGGGAGGCGCAGAAAUAUGGCGGCCAGGAUGCGCUCAAGGUCGGCACUUGGAUGUCGGCGUAUGCCGGGGUGCGAAAGAUUGGCCACGGUGACGACAGCAUCGGCAGCGAUUUUACCUCCCUCGCGACCACCGGCAGUGGAAGCGGCUCGCUAAACUUCCCUUCAAUCUACCACCAAUCGAGUGCCACCGGGGGAAAUCAGCUGAUUGGAUCCGAUCCGAACAACUGCGACUUGAAUGGUGGCGGCGGCGAUGGCGCUCCGGGGGGACCCGGCAUAACCGGAGGGGACGGCAAAAGCAAAGGCCGCAAAAAGCUACGCCUGCUCAAACCGAAGCUCAAACAGCUGUACGACAUGGAAGUGCUGCCAGUGGAGUACAUGGGACCGAAGAUUGAGUAUACUGUGAACCUCCCACGAGUGACCGCCCAGUUGGAGAAACUGAUGGGAACCAAUGUGGUACGCCUCACGGACCGGAAGUACAUGCAGGAGCUGCAGCGCCGCAUUCAGCAGGAUUACAAUGUCACCCUGGAGAAAAGGAUCAGUGAACGUGAGGCUAAGGAGCUCGAACGGGAACGCAACCUUAUCCUUUCCGGUGCCGGGGACUCCAUCCCGGAGGACAUGAGCAGCUCGGUUUUCACCGUCAACAAGAAAACCAACCAACACAUCUGCAACAAACGCGAGAAGCUCAAAACCAUCCGCGAGAAAAAUGCCGAACGGCUGAUUAAGCAAGGUCUCCGCUGGGAACGGGAGCGCCUACAGAUGGAGGACUACAACCGUCAGAAGGAAAUCGAACGCAAAUCCCGACGGGAAGCUCUGCUCGAAAAGGAAAAGCUCUACAUGAUAGAGGACAACGAGCGGGCGUUGAAUUUGCUACGAAUGAAAACCAAAAAGGGUCCCUGUCGAGACAUGGAUUUGCGUACUCUGUUGAUGCAACAGCGGGAAGAAUUGGGCGAGAAAAUUCAGCAGCGUGAUUUCGAUUUGAACGAUGACAAACGGAUGGACUCCGAUCGGAGUAAGGAGAAGAAGCGCCGCCGUAAGAAGCAGAUGGCGAAGAAGGGAGGGGAUACGCAACUUUCCUCGCCGGAAGAGGGUUACAGUUCGAUGAACCCACCGGAGCUGGCUAGCGAUUUGGAAACUUCGAUUAUGAUCAAGAUUGACAAAGACAGUAAGGACUCCGGAGAUGACACGGAUGCGCUGGACGAUGUAAGCACGGUUGAGGUCUCGGAAGGUGCCGGAGGAUCGGAAGCGGAAGAUGCCGAUAACAGUGAAGCUGUAGAUCCGUCGGAAGCGGCCGAAGCGGAAGCCAUGAAGGAAGAGAUGAACAAGGCGCUGGAAAAGAAAAAGGUUAAGGCUCGCAAUGAGGAUCCCAAAAUUACCAGAUUGAAGGAAGCGGAUACCGUGAACGAAAUCUACAGCAUCGCCGAUGAAAUAAUUAUACUGGAAAAGAAGAAGGGCAAGAAAGGGUUCGGAAUGAAGUAAAUGCGGGUUCAAGUUGACGGCCUUGAAAAAUUCUAGUCUAUGUGCUCAGUGGGCGCAUAUAAAAAAUUGAUUGUGAUAACGAGUGACCCAACGUAGAAUAGUUCAGUUUGUAGCAAAUAUAUUAUGUUGAAUCUUUUA